AUGGGAAGCUCUUUCUCGCUUCAAAGUAAAGACAAGCGCCGACGCUCAAAUCGACUCUCAAAACCACCACAGAAUCAAGCUGUCCCAGGCUGCUCUGACUCGCUCUCGUCGUGGCAACUUGACCAGGCUCUUUCUCUUCCGUCCACCCCGACUCUAUGGCAAAACCCUUGGACGGGUGUUUCUGUUCCAAUCAGCCCCAAGGACCCCAAGGACCCCAAGGACGCCGUCCCGCCAAAUCCGCGAUCACAGUCGGUUUCCUCUACGCCAGUGCGACGCACAACGACAUGGAAUUCGAAUAAACGCCCUAUCGCUGGGCGAAAUGCCCAUAGCUCAGCAGAUAUAUGGUCGCAAUCGCCUGCAUCUCCAGGCCCAGCCCCGAGCAGGAGAGAAUCCGUGUAUGGACGAACUUCAUUUCAUCCAUCCGAAAUUGCCACAUUUCAACCGACAACCCUUCAAAGCAACCCUCAAUCCCCGUUAAUGGGACAGCCAAAGAGGUCGUAUUCAGUUCAUUCACCACCCCAAAACCCCAAGAACGGUGUCCAACGGCGCACCCUUGAUAAGCUUGCAUCUAUAAAUUCCCACUCGAGGGUUAAUAGCCAAGAAUCCCUUCCAAUUCGCCGACGUUCGUUACUCAUACGGCCUGGAGUUGCCACAAGGAAAGCAACAAAAAGUAUACCCCCAACAUUCUUCUCUGGACAGUAUCAAAAUGAAACUGUUCCCCCCGCUCCCCGAAAUACACCCUUUACGCCUACCGAGCCAGCUUUUAUAACCCAUGAGGGUAUCGUUUACAACGAUCUUGAGCCACUAUCUUCAUUACGGCCACCUACACCAAGCGACCAUGGGUACACCCACCUAGGAGCCCUCAAGUUAGGGUCCCUACGUGUCGUUAACGGUUCCGCCUCCCCAUGUCCUAGUGACCGAACACGGCUUUGUCACACAGGUAGCCCAACUCCAGAAGCUAUUUCUGAAACUAUGAACUCCACGGAUCUUCUACGCCCAGUCGAGGGGUCUAACUGUGGGUCACGACCAACGUCACCAGGCGGGUUGGAGAUAUACGUCAAGAAGUGCCCUCCGGUUUUCAACAACGCCAGGGACCUCGAUCAUGUUAUGGGCGGCUUUCCUAGGGAAGUAGAAAAAGAUGGCGUCGCCAUGACCGAUUGUCAAGUCACCCCCGGAAAGAACGAUAUACCGGCUACUACGCUAAACAUUCCCUCUGCUCCCUCGGCAAGAAACGGCCUCGACUUUCCUAUUAGCCCUUUCUCGUUCGAUGAGUCACCAACAUCUGACAUACCACACCGCAGGGCGGUAUUUCGUGAAGCUGAAGAUGAGGGUAUUUCUAUUUCUGAGAAGGAAAGGGUACCAACUUCGGUUUCAGAGAAGGUGCCAGAAAGAAAUCUCAGUUAUAGCAGCCACGCAAGCUCCCACAGAAAGAUGGAUAGUGGUUACAGUUCUGCAACCUCUCACAGGACUUCCAUAGAUUCACAUGCAUCUCUGAGACGCGCUCCUGGAUUUAGAAAAUUUGCUUUGGGGGACAGCGCUAGAGACUUUGAAUCACACGACGCGAAUACGCCCUCGACAACCGACUACCAGAAUCCAGUGAACCAUCGCCCUAUGUUACAGGAUAAACUCGGUUGUCGUCCGGAUUUCUGUGGGCGACCAAUGAGUGUUUCGAGGAUACAACGAGACCAGCCACAGAUUCAAGUGAACGGUCGAGCGAGGGGUUUGUCACUCCCACUCCCAAGGGCUUCGGGUGACGCCGCCUGCCUCCCGUUGUAUUGUGCCCACAACCUUGAAUCUACUAGGGCUUCUACUAUGCUCCCAUCAAUUAUACUAGGGAGCUGUGAUCCCGGAACUGGACAGGUCGACGAAUCGCUUUGUUGGGCCUGUGGUUUAGGAGGUGCAUCGUAUCCAUACUCCACUCUCCCUACCACCCAAAUGGGCUGUCUCUUUGAAGGUGGCGCAAAUCAGGGUGCAAACUUUGGUCGCCACAGCGCAGACCAUCACGACAUGCAUAAUAAACACCACUGCACAGCGCACGGAUAUCGGACUAGAUCCGAACAUGGCUCCCGACGAAAAUCCUUCUCAGCUAUUGCGACCCGACAGCAUCAUCGACACAGCGGUGGUGUCAAAUCCGACAUUUGGCUUCCUGUGGCUAGGAACAACUUUCUUUCUUAUCUAACCGCGGAACAACCGAACAAUGGGUAUGCCACGGAGCCACUACGAGGCCGGACGCGCAGCAGGGCCAUCGCGCACCAAUACCCAGGGCCGUCUGAGCAACAACCUUCGUACUUUUGCUGA